UUGCACUACGAUUCGCUUAUUAAUUAAGUGCAAUGCAAACAUUUGUGCAUGCACGCAACGUGUGUAUGCGUGUGUGUUGCGACUGCGGGUGUGGGUGCUGCGCUGUCAUUUGAGACUGCGACAACACGACACGACAGCAUUAAAUAUAGGUUUUUAUAACCACACGAGUGUUAAGAGCUAUAUAACAGUAGUGGGCUAAAAUACUCUGCUUAAUUGUAUAUAAUUCGGUCUCGGCUUAUUUAACCGUUAUGUUCUGCCGGGUUAUUGACUGAUGUUGGCCUGUUUACCUUGUCCCAGUAUUAGUUGUUGUUGUUGCUUGAGAAAGCGAAAACACAGCCUAGACAAGACAAAAACAACAACAAGAGAGUGCGACGGCCGCCUCAACAGGUUUGCGCUGUCUCGCUCUCUCUCUCUCUCUCUCGCCCUCUUUUUGCCAGCCAACAGCUGCUGCUGCAGCUCCUGCUCUCGAUUAAAUUGAUCGAUAACGGAUGCGGAUUGUCAAUUGCUUCACAACCAUGCAGUUCAGUUCAAACUGCACUUUGAUGUAGUGUGACUCUCGUGAUUUUCAAAAAAAAAAUAUAUAUAUAUAUAUAUGGAUAUUCAGGUUUAUAUGUUUGCGGCUUAUGAAUAUUUAACAGCUGCCUUCGCCCAUGCCAAAACUGGUUUAUGGCGCACACUCAAAAAUCUUUCACUCUUUCCAAGAACAAAGCGUGAGGACAACGACGAUUACCAAAAAAAUACAUAUUUUUGACGCAACACAAAUGCGGUCGCUGGCCUCUGUUUAACAAGUUUGCCACAAAAAAAAAAAUAUUAAAAUGCAUAGUAAACGACAGCAAGAUACCCUGUAAAUGUCUGCUUCGAAGAUAUGUCCAAAGAGUUGCAAUUUACUUUUUAAGAUUUUCGUUCAAAAAAUGCAUAAUUUUUCCAGUUUCAAAAUUUUCUACUUCCAUAUAAUUUGUAUGUGACGGCAGCAAAUUCCUUUGGCAACAAAGGAUUCAGAUGCCCGCCUAAGAAAACUGUCCAUUAGAAUAGUUUCAUCAGAAAAAGGCAGUUCUAUUCAAACUGUAGCUUCCCCACCUUCCGAUAUAUAUAAAGUUUUGAUAUGAAAUUCGAAAGCCUUUUUAUUUUAUUUUAUUACGUCUACAAGAAGCUUGCAUCAAACUCUUUUUGGCCAUUUAUUUGGCUACAGGGUAUUAGAAAAAAACUUUAACUGAGCAUCCAAUUCGUGAAACCAGCUUCAGUCUCUUGAAGAUUCUUGCUGUCGUCUGCCAACUUUCAGUUACCAAACUGUCUCUCUGCCGCGCAAAUCGCUUGAAAACCCCUGACUAAAAAACUCAAAUAAAACAUAAAAAGCGUUCGUAAAAAUGCGCAGUUCUUUUACGGGAAAAUGUCUGCGGCUAGAGCUGCGGCUGCUGCUGCUGCUUGGUCUGCUUUCGCCCGGCCAGCCGGCGAAUCUGCUGAACAGCUAUCUGCCCGCUUCCAUGCAGGCGCUGGCCUACUACAUCGAUCUGCUGCAAUACGAGCCGCUCUCCAGCACCACGGCGGAGCCGCCGUUCAGUGCUGAAGAUCAGCAGGCUGCGAGCACCAGCCCGUUGCCACCGACCAGCCCAAAGCCAGCUGCUGCUGCUGUUAAACCCAGCAGCACAACGCUACGUCCCAUGGGCAGCACCAGCGGCUGGUGGCAGCCACCCAGCUGGUGGGAGAUGCCGCAACGGACCACAACCACGGAAAAACCGACAGCAGCGCCAACGCCGCAACAUGGACCAGCGCUGUAUGCACCAGCUGGAGGCAGGCGGUCACCUGCGCCGCUGGAGGGUCAGGCACUGUUUGAUGAGAUUCACGAUGAUGCGGACUUUGAUAGACUGCCGCUCUCACUGAUCCGUGAUAUACAGACGGAGGCGCUGCACGAUGACUUCACCAACGAUGUGGAAUCCUUGGAUAACUUCUUGCGUCUAUAUGAUGAUAAUUAUGGGCGUGCCGCUUUUGACUUUGAGUCGGCCAUGGAUCGCUGGAGCAGCACAUCGACGGCGGGCAAGAAACGUGUGCCGCCCACCAAGCCGUAUGUGGACUUUCUGCUUGUCUACGAUCUGCUCAAGCGUGAUGCCAAAGCGGCGAAUUUGAGCAAAUACGAGGGCUACUCGGAUGAGUUGCUGCAGCAGCUGUUCGAGCUGUCGAAUGCCUCGUCCACGCGGCAGUUGCACACCCUGUUCCAGCGCAUGCUGGACCGUGGCGAUAUACAGCGCAGCGAUGUGGUGGCCCGUGUGCAGGGCAUUCUUAAGGAUCUGGGCAAUCCGAAUAGCCCCACGUCCAAGGCGCUCGUUCACAUACCCAGCAUGCAGUUUUUGCCCUAGUUCUUAAGUGUUUUUUGUCCAUUCAUCGAGCGCAUAAUAAAUUCUUAAUUCAUAAUAUAUUCAUUUCAAAUCGAGCAUUUGACACAUUGACACAGUUUGGAUAGCCCGCCCACCAACUUUAAUAUGUUCUCGAGUGUAUGUGUAAGUUAUCGAUAACGACUGGCCAAUUUGUUGCACGAACGGCGGCUGUCAACAGCUGUGACGACGUCAUCAAUAAAUCUUGCCCACGCUCACACACUCGCGCGUGUACACAAGUCACUCCACAAGAGAAGCACGUAGGCGCGCUCUUCGCUCUCUUGUUUUCUCUUAUUUUUUGUUAGCAGUCCGCGCGUCGCCCAUGCCCUGAACUUGGCGCAAUUAAAAGGUUACGCACGAAACUGCGCUUAUGGCGUCUCAAAUUUCUGAACAUGAAUUGACAAAUGUCAAACAUAAAGCAGUCCGGAUUUGUAUUAUUUAACAUAAUACUAAAUGUAUGAUAAUACUCAUGUCUGCUGAAUAUGUAUUCCAUUAAAAUAUUCGCUAAGAAUUUAUAUAAAGUAAAAUUCAAUAUUCAAAGCUCCCUGAAUUUAAAGCGUUGCAACUUACAUGUUAGUGUUUACUUGUACCAACAAAUUUGUAACAAUAAAAAAAACGGCAUCUUAUUCUAUAAAUAUAUUCGCCAAGAACUAUCAAAAUUUUAGAAAAUGCAUAUUCAAAAUAACGCAUGUGACGUCACACACUUGUUCUCGCCACAUAACAUUUCGCAAAUAUGUCUCUUUCUAUCUCUCUCUCUCGCUGUGAUGCCUAAGCGGCGUUGGCUAUGCCGCUCUCUGCUGCCGCUGUUUGGUUCCAGUUGCUGUUUGUAUUUGGAGCGCGAAGCAAGUGCCGUUGCGUUGUUGCUUCCAAUUAAUUUGCUUUAAGUAGUCAAAUAAAUUUGCAAUUAUCUUACAGUCAAUAAAAGACAACCAAUUAUCA